GAGUGAGGGAGAGAGAGAGAGAGAGAGAGAGAGAGAGAGAGAGAGAGAUGGAUUUGAUUGCGGGAGAGAGCUCGAAGAAGGUCUUGAGGAAACAUGGAUUCAGGUCGCUGAAACUGAUGAGUGUGGACAUGGAACAAGAACUCGGUAACGAGCCUGAGCCUUUUGGUGCUGAUUAUGGAAGACUCGAUAAUGGUCUUGUCUACUAUGUUCGUCGAAACUCAAAACCAAGGAUGAGAGCUGCUCUAGCUCUCGCCGUUAAAGUCGGUUCAGUUUUGGAAGAGGAGGAUCAGCGUGGUGUUGCUCAUAUUGUAGAGCAUCUUGCAUUUAGUGCGACAACGAGAUAUACAAACCAUGAUAUUGUCAAGUUCUUAGAGAGCGUCGGAGCAGAGUUUGGGCCCUGUCAAAACGCAAUGACCACAGCGGAUGAGACUAUCUAUGAAUUGUUUGUCCCCGUUGAUAAGCCUGAAUUGUUAUCACAGGCUAUUUCCAUUUUAGCAGAGUUCAGCUCCGAGAUUCGAGUCUCGAAGGAAGAUUUGGACAAAGAAAGAGGUGCUGUUAUGGAAGAAUACCGAGGGAAUCGGAAUGCUACUGGAAGGAUGCAAGAUUCACAUUGGCAGCUGAUGAUGGAAGGUUCAAAGUAUGCUGAACGUUUACCUAUUGGGUUGGAGAAAGUGAUUCGAUCUGUUCCUGCUGCAACUGUGAAGCAAUUUUACCAGAAGUGGUAUCAUUUAUGCAAUAUGGCAGUUGUGGCUGUUGGAGAUUUUCCAGAUACAAAGACUGUAGUUGAUUUGAUAAAGACACAUUUUGAGGACAAGAGAUCAAGUAGCGAGCCUCCACAGAUACCAGUGUUUCCUGUUCCUUCUCAUGAAGAGACACGAUUUUCGUGCUUUGUUGAGUCAGAGGCAGCUGGGUCUGCAGUAAUGAUUAGCUAUAAGAUGCCUAUAAGUGAUCUGAAGACAGUGAAAGAUUAUAGGGAUAUGCUUGCAGAGUCAAUGUUUCUACAUGCUCUUAACCAGAGACUGUUCAAAAUAUCUCGUAGAAAGGACCCUCCAUUUUUUGCGUGUUCUGUGGCUGCUGAUGUCCUGGUGAGCCCAUUGAAGGCCUAUAUAAUGAGUUCUUCUUGUAAAGAGAAAGGAACUCUUGCAUCUCUAGAGUCUAUGCUUCUCGAGGUUGCUAGGGUGCGCCUUCACGGAUUCUCGGAGCGUGAAAUAUCUGUUGUUCGGGCUCUCAUGAUGUCCGAGAUUGAAUCUGCUUAUCUGGAACGUGAUCAGGUCCAAUCAACGAGCUUGCGGGAUGAAUAUAUACAGCAUUUCCUUCACAAGGAACCUGUUAUUGGGAUUGAAUACGAGGCACAACUUCAGAAGACUCUUCUACCCCAAAUAUCAGCGUCAGAUGUAGCCAGAUACUCUGAAAAGUUAAGAACAUCAUGUGGUUGUGUGAUCAAGACAAUGGAACCUAGAUCUGCUGCUACGAUUGAUGAUUUGAGAAAUGUUGUCUCAAAGGUUAAUAGUCUUGAAGAAGAAAAGAUGAUUGCUCCAUGGGAUGAGGAAAAGAUUCCAGAAGAAGUUGUCGAUGAGAAGCCAACUCCAGGGGAGGUUACUCACCAGCUUGAAUAUCCAGAAGUUGGGGUUACAGAAUUGACG